AUGCAAGUAUCAUCAAUAAGAGCUAGCUCAAACCAUCUUGCUGCUAUUUUGGCAAAAUCUAAGGAUUAUAUAGAGAUACAUCUACAUAUUGCUAAUGUUCCAGAUCUCGUCAUGAAUAGAACUAAAGAAUUCAACAAUAUUUUUAGCAACUGUCUCCAUUGA